AUGCGCGACGGAUGGAUCCUGGCGGCAGUCUGCUUUCUUUCCCUGUUAGAGCCAGCAUUCGGCGACAAUCGACUCGAUCGUAAAGAGAUAAAUGCGAGAGAACUUGACGAAGCAUUCAAAGAGGGGGAUGAAAUCGAAGCUGACGAUGAAUUGCCCCAUUUUGAAAGAGAAAAGAAACCGAUUGAUAUUUCUAAGCUCGAUAUGUCUGACCCUCUAUCAGUAACGGCGGCUUCAAAAGCUGGACAAGCGAUCAUGGUCUUUGUGGACAUUCGAGGAAGUCCGACGGAAGCGGAGCGCGAUCAAAUCACUUUAUUUUGGGAAGCAAACAUGUUAAACGCGCACAAUAUUGAGGUCAAGCGUUUUAUGAUCAAGACAGAUAGGGUGAUUUUUCAACUUGAUCGGGCGGAGCAUAUCAAAGAACUGGCCGCGGUCUUGCGACGAGAAGACAGAUGCUUUUCAUUUUCCAUCGACAACGCGCUUUUUCUCUGCCCUGGCCAUCCACAGUGGGAUCCAAAGAAUCCAAAUGCCACGAAGCAAAGCCUAGAAGCCCAGGGAAAAUGGAAAGGAGACGAUUGGCGGCCGGAAGGAUGGAUAGAAAGGCUAGAAUUUAGUCUGAAAACGCCGGAGGAGCCAGCGCCGAGUCCGAAAAAUUCAAAUUUCAAGUGGAAAAAAUCAGUAAAACGAACUGAUUUAUGA